UCGGGCCCGGCCGGCAACAUGGCGGAGGCGGAAGGGGAGAGUCUGGAGUCCUGGCUCAAUAAAGCCACCAACCCGUCUAACAGGCAAGAAGAUUGGGAGUACAUCAUUGGGUUCUGUGACCAGAUCAACAAAGAACUUGAAGGUCCACAGAUAGCUGUGAGACUACUGGCUCAUAAAAUCCAGUCACCUCAGGAAUGGGAGGCAGUCCAGGCCUUGACAGUGCUGGAAGCUUGUAUGAAGAACUGUGGGAGAAGAUUUCAUAAUGAAGUAGGGAAGUUUCGGUUUUUAAACGAGUUAAUAAAAGUUGUGUCUCCAAAGUACCUGGGAGACAGAGUCUCAGAGAAGGUGAAAACCAAAGUUAUUGAGUUGCUGUACAGCUGGACAGUAGCACUGCCAGAGGAAUCCAAAAUCAAAGAUGCCUACUACAUGCUGAAGAGACAAGGUAUUGUUAUGUGUGACCCUGUAAUUCCAGUGGAUAGAACCCUGAUCCCCUCUCCACCACCUCGCCCCAAAAACCCUGUGUUUGAUGAUGAGGAGAAAUCCAAGCUUUUAGCCAAACUGUUAAAAAGCAAAAACCCAGAUGACUUACAAGAGGCGAACAAGCUUAUUAAAUCAAUGGUAAAAGAGGAUGAGGCUCGGAUCCAGAAGGUGACAAAACGCAUGCACACCUUAGAGGAAGUGAAUAACAACGUGAAGCUGCUGAAUGAGAUGCUGGUUCACUACAGCAAAGAGGACUCGUCAGAGGCUGAUAAGGAGCUCAUGAAGGAGCUCUACGAAAGGUGUGAAACCAAAAGACGGACAUUAUUCAAACUGGCCAGUGAAACAGAGGAUAACGACAGCAGUUUGGGGGAUAUUCUGCAGGCCAGUGACAAUUUAUCCCGGAUAAUAAAUUCCUAUAAAAAAAUAAUCGAGGGUCAAGUCAUCAAUGGUGAAGUGGAUAUCCCGACACUGUCUGCAACAGAAGGGAGCGAUCCCACCAGUAAUCUCAGUGCGCUCAUUGACCUUGCUGGCAUGGACGUCUCCAGCACACCACCACCACCAAUGCCACUUGCAACACUAACGCCAGCACCAGCGCUAGUGCCGACACAAGCUUCAUCAGAAAUCCCCAUCCUCCCACCUCCUCCCCAAAAGUUUGGUCACUCACGGAGCCGGUCCUCCAGCCAAGUAGAAGCUCCUCUGACUCAUCAGAGCAGCACGGCCAAUUCCCUCUUCUUGCUGGAUGAGGAGCUGCUGUGUUUAGGCUUGAAUGACCCAGCCCCCAGUGCAGUGAAAGAGUCAAUUGAAAACAACCAGUGGAAUAUGUUCCAGAAUGACCAGAUGGACCUGGACUUCUUUAGUCCGAACCUGGUGACUGUCGCCUGCAAUACUGCAGUGAACCCUCUUCUUCAUCACACGUCACAGUCUGUGUGUGGAACAUCAGCGCCUCUGCCUUCCACUUUCACAGCCUCUCAGACUGUUUCUAAUAUCCCUGCACCUAAUACAGCCCCGUUCUUGUUCUCUGCUGGACCAGCAGCCCCUCUGGGCCCGCCGAAGGCUAUGCCAGCUACCCCCCGGUACCUCAGUUCAGCCAUGGGAGGCAAUGCUUUGCAUAAUAUGGAUGCACUGGGACAUCUUCUUGAAGAGGCCAAAGGGACUUCAGCCCAAGUGAAGUCAGCGCCCUCGGUAUUCCACCCUGGGGUUACCUUGCCAGCCACUGUCACCUCUGCCCCUUUAAUAUCCACCACAGGAUUGCCAGUUGCUGCUCCAGUGGCCUCUACUGUUCCUUUUCCAAGCAGCUGCACGGCUGGUUCCGGAAGCCCUCUCUACCAGCCAGCUUCAUUCCAACAGCAGGGCAGCCCUCUGAAAGGGCCUGACGCUUCUUUGGCCAAUGUCCAUGUUCCACUGGAAUCCAUUAAACCCAGCCGUGCUCUUCCUGUGACAGCCUACGACAAGAACGGGUUCAGGAUCCUCUUACACUUUGCCAAGGAGUGCCCACCGGGGAGGUCAGACGUGCUGGUUGUGGUGGUGUCCAUGUUAAACACAGCACCUCUUCCUGUGAAGAACAUUGUACUGCAGGCUGCAGUACCAAAGUCCAUGAAAGUGAAGUUGCAGCCACCCUCGGGUACAGAACUUUCUCCAUUCAACCCCAUCCAGGCACCCGCUGCCAUCACCCAAGUCAUGCUGCUGGCAAAUCCUGUGAAGGAGAAGGUGAGGCUGAGGUACAGACUGACUUUCACUUUGGGAGACCAGCCCAGCACAGAGGUUGGGGAAGUGGAUCAGUUUCCCCCAGUAGAUCAGUGGGGUAAUCUAUGA